CCAGUGGUUUAGUGUACUGAGUCAAGUCCAUGCGUCCACAGAGCAAGAGAUCCGGGAGAUGCACGAUGAGCAGGCAAAUCCACAGAAUGCUGUGGGUACACUCGAUGUAGGACUAAUUGAUUCUGUCUGUGCUGCUGACAAUCCAGAUAGACCCAACUCAUUUGUGAUCAUCACUGCUAAUCGUGUUCUUCACUGUAAUGCUGACACUCCUGAAGAGAUGCAUCACUGGAUAACCCUGCUCCAGAGGUCAAAGGGGGACACUAGAGUGGAGGGACAAGAAUUCAUUGUGAGGGGAUGGCUACACAAGGAAGUAAAGAACAACCCAAAGAUGUCUUCCUUAAAACUGAAGAAGCGUUGGUUUGUUUUGACGCACAAUUCUUUGGACUACUACAAGAGUUCGGAGAAAAAUGCAUUGAAAUUGGGUACAUUGGUCCUGAACAGCCUCUGCUCAGUGGUCCCACCUGAUGAAAAGAUCUUCAAAGAGACAGGUUACUGGAAUGUAACUGUGUAUGGACGCAAACACUGUUACCGUCUCUAUACAAAAUUGCUUAAUGAGGCGACCCGCUGGUCAAGUGCCAUCCAGAACGUGAUUGACACAAAAGCACCAAUUGAUACUCCAACGCAGCAACUUAUUCAGGAUAUUAAGGAAAACUGCCUGAACGCUGAUGUGGUUGAACAGAUUUAUAAGAGGAAUCCUAUUCUCCGUUACACUCAUCAUCCGCUGCACUCGCCAUUACUGCCACUGCCAUAUGGGGACAUCAAUCUAAACUUGCUGAAAGACAAAGGCUACACAACUCUGCAGGAUGAAGCCAUCAAGAUAUUUAAUUCUUUACAGCAGCUGGAAUCUAUGUCUGAUCCCAUCCCUAUAAUCCAAGGUAUCCUCCAAACAGGACAUGAUUUACGACCCCUCCGAGAUGAGCUCUACUGUCAGCUCAUCAAGCAAACCAAUAAAGUGCCUAACCCUGGAAGCGUGGGGAACCUCUACAGUUGGCAAAUACUCACCUGCAUGAGUUGCACAUUUCUGCCCAGUCGCAGCAUCCUCAAAUAUCUCAAGUUUCAUCUCAAAAGGGUUCGUGACCAGUUUCCAGGAACUGAAAUGGAGAAAUAUGCACUUUUUACUUAUGAAUCUCUGAAGAAAACCAAAAGCAGAGAGUUUGUGCCAUCACGGGAUGAAAUAGAAGCACUGAUUGGCCGGCAGGAAAUGACAUCCACAGUUUAUUGCCAUGGUGGGGGCUCCUGUAAGAUUACGAUCAACUCACACACUACAGCUGGAGAGGUGGUUGAAAAGUUAAUUCGUGGUUUGGCCAUGGAGGAUAGCAGAAAUAUGUUUGCUUUGUUUGAAUACAACGGAACUACUGAUAAAGCAAUUGAAAGCAGAACCAUUGUAGCUGAUGUCUUGGCAAAGUUUGAAAAGCUUGCUGCCACUGCUGAAGCUGGGGAGAUGCACUGGAAGUUCUACUUCAAGCUCUACUGCUUCCUGGACACAGAAAAUGUCCCAAAAGAUAGUGUGGAAUUUGCCUUUAUGUUUGAGCAGGCUCAUGAAGCAGUGAUUAAAGGACAUUAUCCUGCUCCUGAAGAAACCCUCCAGGUCCUUGCAGCUUUGCGUCUUCAGUACCUUCAGGGAGAUUACACUCUGCAUACCACUGUACCAGAAAUGGAGGAAGUCUAUCCCUUGCAAAAGCUGAAGUCUCGGAUUACACAGUCUACCAAAACAUUUACUGCAGUAGAGAAGGCUGAGAAGAAACGAGCCAGCUUUCUUGAAGGAACACUGCGGAGGAGUUUCCGCAGUGGCUCUGUCAGCAAACAGAAGGUUGAGGAGGAUCAGAUGUUAGACAUGUGGGUCAAAGAGGAAAUCUCAGCAUCCAGGACUAGUAUUAUUGACAAAUGGAAAAAACUCCAGAGGAUGAAUCAGGAGCAGGCUAUGGCAAAGUACAUGGCUUUGAUUAAGGAAUGGCCUGGCUAUGGUUCAACACUCUUUGACGUAGAGUGUAAAGAAGGGGGAUUCCCACAAGAGUUGUGGCUUGGAGUCAGCGCUGAUGCAGUUUCUGUCUACAAGCGUGGGGAAGGAAGGCCUCUGGAGGUGUUCCAGUAUGAACAUAUCUUGUCAUUUGGUGCACCACUUGCCAACACCUACAAGAUCGUGGUGGAUGAGAGAGAACUGCUUUUUGAAACUAGUGAGGUGGUUGACAUUGCAAAGCUGAUGAAAGCUUACAUCAGUAUGAUCGUGAAAAAACGCUACAGCACCUCUCGAUCAGUGAGUAGCCAUGGAAGUCAGGGCAGCUGCAGGUGAAAACAAAACCAGUUCCACUGCACCCUAAAUAGAAUAUGUUCCCUGGCCUCAGAACAACCUGAUGACAUUGAUCAUGUUUGUUGACAAGCUAACGAAGAACCAGAGUUUCAACGGAAAAUAUCUUCAAACAAUGUUGUAGAAAGACCGCAGGGUGGGCAGGGGAAAAUCAGCUGAAAUAGUCACAUACUAGAACCGCUGGCUCAUUCAAAACUUUCCAAAGCAUUAUUAUCUUCAGUUGAUGUAAGAAACGCCUUAAGACUCAAUCCACUGCAAUACAAGCAGUAAUAAGUGCCUUACAAUAUUAAGCAUAACUUGUAUUGGCCUAAAAUUGCUGAUAAAAUUCAAGAAGAUUUCUUUUGUCCUUUCAGAACACUGAAAACAAAGUUAUAUUCAUCCAUUCUGCACUAAUCUACUGGCCUGUAUACAGGUGGGAAGGGGGAGGGAAGAAGAGCAAGGUAUAUUUUUUUUGGAGCGCUGCUGGCAGCCUUCCUGAUGGACGCCAACACUUUGUUUCCCGUUGCUUCCAUGGAUGUGCACAUUGUGCAUGCAUAUUUGAGCUGUCAGUAAAAUUUGACAAAUUUUAUUCUGUAUUUCACAAGUCUUUUGAAGCAAAGGGAAUAAGUAUGUGCAAUGGUGUAAACAGUCUUUCUGUACAUUUUAAUAGUUCAGAGUUAUAGGUGUUACAAUUGUAUGGUUACUUUAUAAGCAGUUUUAUUAACCAGUAAAUUCCAAAAUUUUCAUACACUGAUUUUACUAUUGCAAAUAUGUAUUACCAUAUAAGUAGCAGAAGUCUGCAUUCUGUAUCUGCUGUAUGAUAAAGAGAGAUGUAGCUGAGAAUAUUUAUAGACUACCCUAAUAUGGAAAUACAGUUAUCAGUUCAAUUCUUCAUCCUGUCAGCUUAUGUUUUUAAUAUUAAUUUUUUCUUUAAAAGACAUCACUCUUUUAUACUUCUGGCUGGACUCUCCAACCCAGACUGACUGCCAAAGGUCAGAACCCCUCAGAGUUGACUAGAGAACGCAAUGUUAUACAAUGCAACUACUUUAAUACAGAGUUCUCUAUUUUACCUGAUUGCCUGAUGAAGGUUCUUGACAGUACCCUGUAAAUAAAUUGGGGAAUAUCAGCUAAUAAUAAGUUGAUUUUGGACUUUUAUUUUUGUACAGAAAUACUGUAAUAUAAGGCAAAACUUUGAUCAAAGGUAUCUUUUUGUCCACAGC